AUGAAUGAAAGCAAUCAGAGUCCUCGAAAAGAAAGAGAAGAGAGUGAAAGCAGUCAAGCAGAUACGCCUGCCGUCAACGAAAAAGAGAAACGCAAGGAGUUGAAGAGGGCAGGCCGUAUCCUUUGUCCACCAGUGACACGGGGAUCAGGACGAGACCUGGACGCCUGGCUUAUGAGGGAAAAUGCCCGUGGCAUUGCUGUGCACUACUAUAAAGAGGAGAGAACAAUAGCGCCGGCUAGUUCGGGGCCAAUCAGCGCGCUCACCAAUCAGGCGUGGGAACGGCCAAAUUGGGACGCGGCCACUACCGGCAACCGGAGCCAAAAUGACCGGUGUCGAUCUCCUUCCCCGCACUACUUUAAGCGCAACGCUCUGAGGCAGAAGCUCAAAUAUCGGCCAAUGUCUACGCCAAACGUGUCUCUUUGCUCACCGCGUUGCUCGUCCGGCCAAGGUCCCAACAUACCAGUUCUCGCCGCAUCACCAAAACCAGAGCAAUGCCCUGAAGACCACAUCGUCGUUCGAAUGGAUCGGUUUGGCUUUUCAGCCAACAAUGUCACUUAUCAAGCGCUGGGAGAGCAUCCUCAUUUCCGUUACUUUGACUUCCAUCCCGCACCAAAAGCGUCAGAUGGGUCCACUGGCCCAGAGACUCACGGAUUGAUCCCAGUGUGGGGUUUCGGGACCGUCAUCGCCUCAGGACAUCCAAAAAUCCAAGAGGGCGAACGCAUCUAUGGAUACUUCGCCCCGACGAGGUAUCUCCUCCUUCCCGUUUCACCGGCUGACGUGAACAAGUACUCGUUCUACGUCUCUCGACCGCACCUACCACCAGAUCGACGCCCGUACAACCAAGUCCUACGAUGCGCUACAGACCUGCAAUACUCCCCUGAUCCGCUCGCGGAGGACCUGACGAUGCUCUACCGGCCUCUAUUCUGGACUUCGUACUGGUGCGAAGACUGGGUGCACUCCUCCGGGUACCGAGGCGGCGUCUCAAAUGUCCUCAUCUCUUCUGCGUCCUCCAAAACGGCAUUCUGCCUCGCGUACCUCAUUGGCAAACGUAUUCAACGCGGCGAAGUUUCAGCGAACACAAAAAUCAUUGGGCUUACAUCCAAGAGGAACGUCGCGUUCACGAAGAAGCUCGCGCUCUAUCACGAGGUGUAUGAUUACGACUCGUUCACCGCCGCGCCGUCCUUCCAAGGCGGGCAAGAGAAGAGGUGGUUGUACGUCGACGUCGCGGGCAGUGGCGACCUCAACAAGCGCAUCACUGCGCAUUUCUCCUCUCCGUACACUGGAAGGAUGGCCGCGUGCGUCGCGCUGGGCAUGACCAACCUCUCGCCCUCUUCCGACGCAGGCACCUCAAUGAACUGGAGCGCGAACACGUUCGACACCGCCGCGACCAACGACUCAAACGAAGUUGCAUCGUCCUUCUGGCCGAGGAUGGAGCAAUUUUUCAUGGUUGAGUGGUUGGAUGUCCGGAGACACCAGAUUCCCAUUGUCGAGAUCUUUGAGAGGCAGAAUUUGGCGUGGAAGGAGCUGAUGCAGGAAUGCACUGGUUGGGUCGAGUUAGAGCGCAUCAACGGACCUGCGGCCGUCAAAAAAGCAUAUGAAAAGCUAUCGAAAGAGGGUCUCGGGCCUGAGAAAGGGUUGAUUUGGAGUUUGUGGGACGGGGAGUCUACAAAUACUAAGAUUCUUUCGAGGUUGUAA